UCUUCCUCCUCCGGAGAUCAGCACCAGGGAUCCAGACAGCCAGAGAGAUGACAAGGAAUGGAUCGGAAGCACCUGCCCGCCUUAACUGAUCCAACAACUUUUCUUUCCAACUUUUCCCUGCUCCCCUCUUUCUAGAGGGCUAAUCUUCAGCAUGCUGACCAUCCACCAAGCCAUGUGGAGAUGAAUUGGAAUCAUGGAAUCCCAAAUUCAUGUCUGGUCUUCCUUUUGCUGUUGUCAUUUUCCACAUCGCUUGAGCCAAGCAAAGGUUGCAUCUUUGAGCAUGUUCCUAUUGAUACUCAGAACUUUUCAAGCAAAGUUGAAAAUCUGAUACGAUACCUGCUCUUUGAUUACCAAGUAUCAGUGCCAGUCAACCUGAAACCGGAUGGAUUCUGCCAGGAGUUAUGGAAAAUUCAUCUCAUCAACAGAAAUCUCAAGAGCAUGAUCAGCGUAUCUGGGAGUGAACUAAAGAAACUGAUCAGGAAAAUAGCGUCUCACACAACAUUUGUUGAGGAGUGUAAUAUUGAUAUCAGUUGUGUUACUUUCACAAUGACAAACAUCUCUGAGUUUCUUGCACCUAUUCCCUCUCUGCUCACUGACCUGAGAGACAUGAUGGAAGGACUUAUAGAAGAAGAGCUUGGGGACUUCAGUAACUGCACUGCCAUUCAGUGCCAGCCAGAGCCGUCUCCUACUGCAGCACCCCAAGUCACUGCACCAAAGAAAGAAACGGACCAGCACUCUGAACAUGCUUCCCUUGGAAGACCCUACUGGGGACUGCUUCUGAUUCCCUUGCUUGUUGGUUUCAUGAUUGGGGUGUAUCUUUGUAAGAAAAAAUGCCUGCGAUCCCAGAGGUAUGAUGAUACAGAACUUGAGUCUAUGGAGAGUCUUUAAGAAAUAAAAUGGCACUGCAGUGGGUGUCAUCUUCAGCUGCAAAUAAUUUGAGGUGAUGAUUUCCUCCACAGUGAAUGAGACUGUGUCCUUUCACCGGUUUAUUGUCAGCAGCAGGAGAUUCUGGACUCCCCAUUUAACUUACAGAACACAUGGGCCUCCUGAUGGAGUGGAAGAAGACUGUAGAAUGUAUUCCUUGGACCCAUGGACUUCAGUUCUGCAUUCUGCCACUGGGAGAUGCUGUUCCAUCGUUUUUAUACUCUGUGUGUGUGUGUGUGUGAGAGAGAGAGAG